GACUAGAACCUGGACCAGAACCUGGACUAGAACCUGCUAGAACCUGUACUGGAACCUGGACUACAACUGGGACUGUAGAGUCAACUCACUCGUCGAACAUGGACGACGACUUUGGUCCACAGGUGCAGAAGGUGGCGGUGGCCAUGGGCGCCUCCCUGACGGAACAGGACGUCCAGCGGAUUCCGAGGGACAUCAGGACGCAGGGAACCUUUAACUACAGCAGCUUCCUGGAAUACAUGAGGCAGUUCAGGACGUCUGAGCAGAAGGAGGAGGCCAUCAGGAAGGCCUUCACCACGCUGGACAAAGACGGCAGCGGAUACAUCGAGUGGAACGAGAUCAAGUACAUCCUGUCUGUGGUCCCCAGUUCUGGACCAGCGGUUCCUCUGUCUGACGAGGAGGCCGAGGCCAUGAUCCAGGAAGUGGACGCCGACGGAGACGGACGCAUCGACUACACAG